AUAUCAUGGACAUUAGCUCAAAUGCCCGCUACGCCAUGGAAAAGAUUGAAAAUUCGUAGUGCAAAGGAAAUUAACGAACCUGACGGCCAGCGUCAUCUGAUGGUAAUAUACGAAGGGCAUAAUGGUAAGUCUGGAGCGCUCUCUCAUGUUUAUCCAUCAACUGGAGAAUUUUGGCAGUACGUAAAUAUCCCUGAAGGGAAAAUUAGUUAUGAUUGCUCUGAGUAUCAUUAUUUGUAGUUGGAAGAAGUCUGUAGAAUAGCAUACCCGGGAGUCAGUUUUAUUCUCCUCGAUCAUCCGUCUGCCAUCCUGAAGGCCCGCAUUAGGCGCCUUUAAUUUGCAGUGAGUUGCAGCUCUAUUGUCCAAAAUACCAACGGUGUCACCUCCCCCAAUUUUCAAUGCCUGGUUUUACCUAAGGAAUUUAGUUAUGGUUAUCAUCCAUAUCGGUGAUCGCACGUAUACUUGCCUGGCUAAAUGCAGCAAGUGCUCUGUGAAAGUUGCCAUACCGGUAUUGAGAUUGUCCGUAAACUUGAAGAGAAUUCGCGUCUCCUUGAGGCAUGUUCAAUAAAUAUAAUAAUGAUAUGCUAACUGAGAUGACUUGCCACAACUGGUAAUGUAAGUGACUGACAGGAGUUAGAUGGCUUGAAUGAUCUGUCUGGCGCUUGACGAGGAUGACCCGAAUUACGCGCUUGUGGUUAGCGCCAAGACGCAUUUGGGCUAGUUUUGCACUGCUAGGUCUAACGGACAACCGGAGUAAUGUUUAUGUUCUUCCUGAUUGGGAAAUGUGUGAGCAAACGACUCAAUGGUGUCGGCUUGACUUCAACGUCCAGGGGCCAGUGCUGUGGUUCCAAGCGCCCAAAAGAAGCAGGAAAAUGGAGACUCAAAACCUAUCUACCGCUUCUGAUUACAUUAAUAAUCUGUUACUUGCGCGAGGGUUGCUGCGCAAUGGGAAACCGAUCGAUUUUGCACGGCCAGAGAAUGCACCUGGGGGCGUGGAUGACACUAUGUCAAGGGUUAUAAACCUGGUUCAUGACCUAGUUUUGAGAAGAGAUCGCGAGGCAGAGCAAAGGGAGAACCUGGCGACAAACAUCAGAGCACUUCGGAGCACAGAAGCGAAACAAACACUCGAAAUUGAGCGACUUCAAGCCAAGACCACGGAUUUGUCUCGAUUGUUGGCACUUGCUGAAGGCCAGGAACGCGCCUUUAAGGCUACUAUCCACAGCGCAGAGGUCACAAAUAGAGGGCUAAAGGAGCAGAUACAACGCAUGAAGACCUCAAUUCAACAGAUUAGAAGCCAGUGCGCUACAGAUGUUCGAAAACGUGACGUUGAGCUCCAAAGACUUAAAUCUCAUCUUGCAGAAAGACAGAGGGGAAAGCGAGAGGGACUUGGCGUAACAACAAUAACAAUAACCCCUACCCCGAAAGUUAGCAUGGUUCGGAAGGCGUUGGAAGGCGGAGAAGGCCUGGAAAGUGUUGGAUACAGUCUCAAGCAGGAGACGACUGAAUUCCUGACUAAUCUCUGCCAGGAGCUCAGCGACGAGAAUGACGCGAUGAUUGGCAUCGUGAAGAGCACCCUUGAGACAUUGCGGAACUUGCAAGGUCUGUCAGAUUUACCUGAAAAGGACACCCAGGAACAAGAUAUUCUUGGCUCCAAUGCCUAUGAAAGUAGCCGCUUGGAGACAUCAGCUUCAGAGCUGACUCCACAAUACGAAAAACUCUCCGCUGAAAUGGAUUCGGUACUUGAGCAACUUAGGUCGUUGCUCACCAAUCCCUCGUUUGUGCCUUUAGAGGAGGUUGAAGUACGAGACAAUGAAAUAUAUAGGUUGAGAGAUGGCUGGGAAAAGAUGGAAGAACGAUGGAAGGAGGCUGUUUCAAUGAUGGAUUCAUGGCACAAACGAAUGGCUCAGGGAGGACUGUCGGUUAAUAUUGAUGAACUUACGCAAGGAAUGGGACUUGGGCUAGGACUUGAGAAACCCGAACGUGCUAGAUCCGUGCCCAAAGCAGGAAACUUCGGCCCGUCAAUAUAUGAUGAAAACGAUACUGGGGAAGGGGAGAGAGACUACUAUGAUGCCAAAGAAAAUACAAACCCGCCCGAAAUUCGCAUAACGAGUCCAGCUAAGGCUGUGAAACAACGUGUUCUUGGCGAAGGAACGGGAAAUGCAUUCCGAGAUGUACCCUCCCGGCGUUCUAGGCGAAGUUGGAAGGAGGACUCCGAAUAUAGCGAUGAUGAGCUUGCUUUGUCGGCUAAACCGAAAACGGCGCAACAAUCACAGAAGAAAACCCCGAGGGUUGCUGAAUCAAAAAUUCCGAAGCACAAAAUACCGACAAGAUCAAAGCUGUCGACCACUGAAAAACUUGCCAAUGUUGAGUCAGAAGCAAAGGAAGCAGAAGGAGAACGCAAGAAGAAUGAAAGAAGAAAGAGAAGUAAUUCGUCGACACGCUCCAAUACGAAGCCAAGGCGACGAAAAAGUACAUUGACGCCGCAGGAGUUGCAAGAUUUACUCCAUGCUGGCACCUAAAUUGGCAGCCAAACAUUUCAGUCGACGACUCUAUUGAGACCCCGAAUUAUCUUCUUUCAGUUUCAAAGCAAUCAUUUUCUUGUUUUGUGCAUAAAGGGAAGGUUUUGGAGUUUACAUAUUCCACAUCAUCGUGAUGGACAUCAUCGAGCCCUGGGUCAAUAAUAUUUACAAUGUUUCCAUGCUUGUGAAGGACAGAUGGAAAACAUAUGUGGCGGAUUCAGUAAUUUCUACUUAUUUUCAGUCCUCUGAGAUGAAUCAGGGAGAAGUCGCACGUCUACGAUAUUUCUAUCCAACACAUCAGGAAAGUCGGAGUUUGGUUUUGUACUCUAUCUAUUGGCAAUCACAAAUAUUGAAUAAUAUAUUGAAGAUUUUCAACUUCAUUACUAUCCGAGAUCCGUAUGCGAUUUUCGCGCGCGAGUUGGUGUGAAUCUCAACCAUUCUGUUCUACAUGAAGCCCUAUCAAGGUUGUGCUGUUGAAUUAAGCAUGG